GCAGCCUCCCACCCGAGCAGGGCUUUAGCGCGUGGGCCCCACAGGCAGCCCCGCGGGCGCUGAGCAUUACAGGGGCGGGUGCAGGUGAAGCUCGGGGGGCGGGGGCUCUAUGCGGCCAGAUCCUCCCGCUAGCCCCGGCCUGGGGACGCAUCAGCGCGGCGCUUCCGCCAGCACCGACCCCCGAGGGGAGCGAGCCGCCGGGGCGAGCCGUCACGUGAGCUCGCCAGAGAUCCGGAAGAGCAGCCGGCGGCAUCACCACGUGGCUUCGGCUCCUCCAGGCUGCGGGGCCGGCGGGCUCGGCUUGCUGCGAUGCUGGCCGGCUGGGGCGCCGCGCACUCGGCCGUGGCCGGCCUGCUGGGGGCGCUGGCCGCCUGCUCCGCUAAACUGGCUCUGGGCGCCGAUUACCUGCGGGACGCGUGUGCAGCUGCGGCCGGAGGGGAGGCGGCGGAGGCCGCCGGCGCCUGUGUCUGGUUACACGUGGUGCUCCGAGUAGGAUGUGUUGGUCUGGUGUUUGCAUGCAAUGCUGUCAUGUGGACCUUCUUUGCAAAAGCCCUCCACUACUCCUCUUCCUCAGCGACCGCCACGGUGACAACAACAGCCUCCAACUUCAUCUCUUCGGCCUUCCUGGGCAAGCUGCUCUUUGGAGAGACUCGUGCACUCUUGUGGUGGGUAGGAAUCAGCGUGACACUCGGUGGACUCCUGCUGCUGCACACAGCUUCACCUCACACAGAACAGCAGCAUUCUGAGAAGAAGGACAAAUAGAAACUAAACCCACUGGGUUAGUUUCUGUCAACAAUCUAAUGACAAAAUCAGCCUUCAGGCCUUUCUGCUGUAGAUCAACUCCCUCUUUCCAAACACCACCCCUUGGCACUGUACAUGCUGACAUUUCAAAGCCAGCUCCUGAUAAAAAGGGGCUGGUUCCUUCUAUGUGGUCAGAGGACGGUGGCAGAAGUGACGAUAGGCUUUGCCAGUACUUCAGGACACAAGACCAGACAGGAUCAUGAGUCAGACAGCUGCCAGCAGCCUGAAGACCCUUGGAGUUGAUUUGCUCCAAAAGCAAAAUGCCCAUCUUCAUCACACUGAGGAAUAUCGUGAGAACACCAGUCUGAUUGUGAGGCGAGGGCAGGUGUUUCAGUUAAAGCUGACCUUUGACCGGGAGCUGAAAGACAAUGACGAAGUGGUGGUGCAGCUCAGUGUCGGUGAGAAACCAAUGGAAUCCAACGAGACCCUUUUGUCGAUGAACCUGAGGUCUGGGCAGGACUCCCGGUGCUGGUGUGCCAACAUCUCUAACACCAGUGGGAAGGAGUGCCUGGUAGCUGUGACCAGUCCGGCAGAUGCAGCUGUUGGAAAAUACUUUCUGAGUGUGAAAACUGGGCCUCACAUUUAUAACCCUGGAAACAAAGUUGUCUACGUGUUGUUCAACCCUUGGUGUGAAGCUGACACAGUUUUCAUGCCUAAUGAUACUGAAAGAUUGGAGUAUGUUCUCAGCGACACAGGCUACAUCUAUGUUGGAUCAAUACAAAAUAUAGUUGGAAGACCCUGGAAUUUUGGACAGUUUGAGGAAGAUGUCUUGGACUCCUGUAUGUAUCUCCUGGACAAAAGUAAACUCAAGCAAAAAGUUAGAAAAGAUCCUGUGAUUGUGUCCAGAGCCAUGUCUGCCUUGGUUAAUUCCAAUGAUGACUCAGGAGUCCUUUUUGGGAACUGGUCAGGAACCUAUACUGGCGGAACCUCCCCCGUGGCCUGGACAGGAAGUGCUCCAAUUUUGCAGAAAUACUACAAAACAAAAAAACCCAUCUGCUUUGGUCAGUGCUGGGUUUUCUCUGGAGUUCUUACUACAGCCAUGCGCUGCCUGGGGAUUCCAGCCAGAAGUGUGACUAACUUCGCCUCGGCUCACGAUACUGAGGAAAAUCUGAAAGUUGACAUCUACCUGAAUGAAAAAGGCGAAAAACUGGAUGACAUGACAUCAGACUCUGUCUGGAAUUUUCACGUGUGGAAUGAUGUGUGGAUGAAAAGGCCAGACUUGCCCCAGGGUUUUGACGGUUGGCAGGCAGUUGAUGCCACCCCCCAGGAGAUAAGUCAAGGUGUUUACCAGUGCGGCCCUUGUCCACUAAAAGCCAUCAGAAGUGGAGAAGUCUAUUUGCUGUACGACUCCAAGUUUGUGUUUGCUGAAGUGAAUGCCGACAGGGUCUUCUGGCAAGUGAAGAACGUGAAUGGCAAACAGAAACUUGUCAAACUGCGUGAGGAGACCAAGGCCAUUGGGAAGAGCAUCAGCACCAAAGCUGUUGGGAAGAACACAAGGGAAGACAUUACGACACAGUACAAAUUCCCAGAAGGCUCUCCAGAGGAAAGGAAAGCCGUGGAAAAGGCUUGCUCCUAUCUGAACUCUUCAAAUUUGGCAGUUUGUGAGAGCACAACUCCUCUUCCACCCCUCCGGGCUGGGAUCCAACUGGAUGUAGAGGGCGAAAAAGUUUUAUGGCUGGGCAAUCCCAUUAAUCUGAACAUCAUUGUACAAAACAGUUCUGCUGGUGCAUGGACGAUCAAUCUCGUUGCCUCUUGUCAACUGCAGUCCUACACCGGGAAAGUAGAGGCCAAUCUUGGAUCCAUCAAACAGACUGUCCAGACCGAAGGCAAACCUGUUAUUCAGCUCCCUCUGAAUAUAGCAGCUGAUGCUUAUAUGAAGACUAUAACAUCUGUUGAGGAUGAACUUCUCAUCACGGUCAACAUUAUUGCUGAGAUUCAGGAAACUAAUGAAAAGCUCACUGAUGAGCUAACACUAACGUUCCAAUAUCCCCCUCUCAAGAUGGAGAUGCCAGAAACUGCAAAGAUUAAUGAAGAUUUUACCUGUUCCUUUAUCUUCAAAAAUACCUUGUCUAUUCCCUUGGAAAAAUGCAAAUUGCAUGUAGAAGGACUGGGCAUUUUUAAAAUGGAAACGAUUGAUCAAGGGGACAUAAUGCCUGGUAGGAUCAUUAAAUCCCAAAUAAUAUGUGCUCCAAAAAAAACAGGAGAGAAAAAAAUUGUAGCCAAACUGACCUCUAACCAAGUCAAAGGAAUAUCUGGGGAAAAGACGAUUACCAUCACCGCCUAGGGGAAU